GUCAAGCGGAUACCGUUCCCCUACUCAACACCAGAACAAUUCGAGGCUGCGGUUGAGCAGCCAGUGAGUCGUGAGUGGACCACUGAAUCGACCCAUAGGGAAUUGACCAAGCCGAAAGUCGUGCUGAAGGCUGGGCGUGUAAUAAAACCGAUUGACAAAAGCUGUGCCAUCCUGCGUGAAAAGGAUCUUCUCCGACUCAAAACUGGCAAGAAGAACGUCUAA